GACUCUUUGUGCUAGUGUUUGUUUUAGUAUUACAAAAUGUGGAAACAGUGAUCGAUACGUCUGCAAGAGGCUGUGUGGUAAAUUUUUUUGGGGGGGGAAAUAGACACGGAACAUUAUUUUUAAUCGUUAAAUUCGGAAAAGUUUGUAUGGCGCCUGAGUGGUGAAUCAAAUGAACGAAUCAAAUCUCGUGAUUCUUAAGAAUAGAAUCAGUGAAGUGACUCGUAACGCCCAUCACUACUGAAAAAGGUGAGCAGAUUUAGGACUUCCUCCAAAACCGGUCUAAACACCACCCUGGUAAAGACUAUCGUGUGUUAAAGGAGAAGGAUUACGACCAACAUAACAUCUGGAAUGGCUUUUCAGUGGGAUGAUUUGAGCCAAAUUGUGAACUCCCCGGACUCGCUGUCCAACCCUAGUCGAGGAACCAUUAAGGAUAAACCGGGUUUCAAUGCAAAUGAAGACGCUGCUGCUCUGAGGAAGGCCAUCGAGGGAUUCGGCACCAAUGAGAAGGUUCUGAUCGAAAUCCUGACUAAGAGAAGCAGCGCUCAGCGUCAGCAGAUCUGUAAAGCGUACAGGGACGUAACCGGAAAGUCUCUUGUGGACGCAAUAAAGGGAGACACUAAGGGACCCUUUGAGAACAUCCUGGUGGCUCUUGUUACCCCACCGGCGCAGUUCGACAUGCAGGAAAUUAAAAAUGCGAUUAAAGGAGCUGGAACCACAGAGAGCACGCUGAUUGAGAUCUUGGCCUCCAGAUCUAACCAACAGAUCAAAGCUCUGUCUGACGCGUACCAACAAGCGACGGGGAAAGCGCUGACUUCCGAUCUGAAGUCUGAGGUGCGAGGAGACUUCGGUAAAGCUCUGAUCACUCUAGCUGAGGGCAAAAGAGACGAGAGCAAAAAUGUGGACGCUGCUAAAGCCAAAGCUGAUGCGAAGGCCCUGUUUGAGGCUGGAGAGAAAAAAUGCGGGACUGAUGAGGACAAGUUCAUCGAGAUCCUCUGUCGCAGGGGCGUUCCUCAGCUCAGACAAACCCUGGUGGAAUAUAAGAACCUGAGCGGGAAAACCCUGCAGCAGAGCAUCGAGAGCGAGAUGUCCGGAGAUAUAGAGAAAGUUUUAGUAGCUGUUGUGAAAUGUGUGAAGAGCGUCCCAGCUUACAUGGCAGAACUUCUCCAUAAGAGUAUGAAGGGUGCGGGCACUAACGAGGCCAUGCUGACUCGGAUCAUGGUGAGUCGCUCUGAGGUUGAUCUGAUGGACAUAAAGGCAGAGUAUAAAAAACUGUACGGACGCUCGUUAUACUCCGACAUCAAGUCGGACGUGUCAGGAGAUUAUGAGAAAACGCUGCUGGGGAUCUGUGGAGCGGACUGAGCUACACGUCCACCUCAUCACCCUGAACAACACAGGAGCAGAGAGGAAGAGACAAAAGCAUAACAUCAUCACUGACUUUGAUCAU